CUCUUUUUGUACAGCGUAGAAUAUUAUAUAGGAUGACCUUCUAUCGACCUUUUACCUGCUUUGACCUUUUGAAAUUCAACAAUGUGAACCUAGAUCCUUUGACAGAAACUUACGGACUUUCAUUUUAUCUUCAAUAUCUUGCAAAAUGGCCAGAGUUUUUUACAAUUGCAGAGUCACCAUCUGGAGAAACUAUGGGAUAUAUUAUGGGAAAGGUCGAAGGGCGUCAGCCUGAAGAAUGGCAUGGUCAUGUGACAGCAGUAACCGUGGCGCCAGAGUACAGACGUCUCGGACUAGCAGCAGAGUUAAUGCGAAGACUGGAGGAAGUUUCAGAGCAGAAACAAGGAUAUUUCGUGGAUCUAUUUGUAAGGAAGUCAAAUGAGAUUGCUGUUGGGAUGUACAAACGUCUGGGCUAUUCAGUCUAUCGAACUGUUAUUGGAUAUUAUUCAUCACCUGGAGGCGAUAGAGAUGAAGACGCUUUUGAUAUGAGAAAAGCACUCAGCCGUGACAUUUUCAAAAAAUCAAUCAUUCCGCUCAAAGAACCUGUCAAACCCGAAGAUCUUGAAUGAUAAAGAAUCCCAGUCAGAAAUAAGUGGAAAUUGACCGAAGCACUUCAGUCCGCCAUUGUAAUUUUGCUUAGAGAUCAUUCUUCUUUAUUACUAAGUUACUUAUUUACUCUAUUACUUUGAGCAAAUUCAUCCAAACAAAAAACAGAAUUUAUAUCAUAGGAACUUUAACUUAAUGGUGGAUUUUACUCUCUUUGAGAGAAACCUGUUUGGCUUAUAUUUUAUCAUGAAGCCCCUUUAUAUUUCCACUCUAACCACCUGCCUUAGCUGUCUAAAUGCCUAAUCUCUGAUGAAAUUCAAUUAUCGUUUUUGACGUGUGCAUGAAAGCUCGUGCAUCUGAAUCAAAUUACUUGUUAACUAAAUAUAUGCCUGACAUGGAAUGGUAACUGGAUGGCAGAAUAUAUAAUUAAGCCAUUUUAUCCGCUUUACUUCAUUCAUAGUUGAAUGUGAAAUCAGUAAUUUAUUUCUUCACCAUACUGAAAAAAUGAACUAUAGAUACACAAAUUCAAAGAAAUUUUAAAAAAUCUCCCUCAGAGUGAAAGGAGAUGCCAAAACCAAUUCUGAAAAUCCCAUUCUGUAAUGAAUUCGUUGUCAUUUAUUUUUUCAAACCAAUUGCUUUGGUUUUGCAUUCUACAAAUUUCUUUGCUAUCAUUCUGUUAAUGAGUUUGCUCUAAACACAGGCUGUGUGCAAACGAUAAUUCAGAAAGGGUGUCUGCUUGACAUUCGGAAUGGAUGUUUUUGGAUAGUUUAUUGAAUUUUUUCUUUCUGUGCAAAAAGAUUCACAAGUGGAAUGGAAUAUUUUCAAUUUGUGAUGUAUGAAUAUUAUGAAAUAAUAUUUCAUCAUUUUAGGUAGCCUAUGCAAUAAGCUACAAUCCUGGGUAAUUUUAAAGAAAAACAAUCAACCAAAUAUUUCUGACUGGGAGGAUUGAAGCUUCUUUUUUUACAUUUUUUUUUCAUAUUGAACCAGAUUUUUUUUUCAUGUGUUCUUUCUUGUCAUUCCAGAAUGAUAGCUUCACUUUCA